AAAAAUGAAGGGGUGGGGGGACAGAGAUGAGUAUAAAAAGCUUUGCCGUGAGGAAUUAGGAAAUGUUCCUGAGGAGAAAGUACUGAGACAGUUUCCAAAACUUCACUCCAUAAUUUUCCUUCAAGCAGGCAGGCAGAUAAAGAAACCCCAGGAUGAGGAGCCUUCUUCGUCUUCUGGCACUCUGUGCUGCAGUCUCCCUCUGCGUCUGCUAUGAGUCUCAUGAAAGCACAGAAUCCGUUGAAGAUUUGUUUGUGCCUCCAAACCGAGCCAACUCAUUCAUCCCACCACAGAGAGGCAACGUAUACAUCCCAUCCAGAGGGAAUGGCUUCGGCAGUUACAACUUCGGGAGGACAAUGAAGUCUCCAGCAGAAAGACGCGCAGAGAUCUGCGAGGACUACUCCCCCUGCCGCUACUAUGCCUAUCGCCACGGCGUCCAGCAGGCCUACAACAGAUACUUUAGCGCUGGAAGUCAACCACGGCGGCCUGCUGUGACUCGCCGAUACUAAGCUGGACCUCACAUGCAAAAGUGUCAUUAUCAUCUGGUCCUUUAGUCCACAUAUCAUCAGUUUUUAGAUAAUUUAUGUAAUUGUUUUUGUGGGCUCUUUUGGCAAGAAAACUGUUUUUUUAUAUAAACACCAGAACUUCCAGUCAGUGUGGCUCAAAUCACACAGCAGCCCAUCAUUAUACUCAUGUAGAAAUUUACAGCCUGUUUCUUGUGUAAUCUCAGGAUGACUUUUAUCAAGUAUUACUGCAUGAUCCCAGCAUUUAUGAGCUUUACGGGAUAUGCUCAACUGAAGUGUUUGGUUCACUUUCCGCUAACCAUUUCUUACAAUCUCCACUUACUUAUGCUGUCAAUAAACAAAUAAAAUGACUUUUAAUGGG